GCAGACUGAAAUAACGACUUUUAAAGUUAGAAUUUGUGUGCUUGUAUGUUCGUGCGGUAUAGUGUUACAGAUUAAUGGAAAGAGUCAUGACAUGUUGUAUUCUCGUUAAAAAAGGUCAGGCUCUAAACGACUCCUCAAAAGUGUUGGUUGUCGUUAGCAUUGCUAUGCAGCUAAUGUUAGCUGUCUGGCUAACUUUCGGCCGGUUAGCUCGCUGCCCACAGCUGAUUGUGUAAACACUUGUUUAUGACAAGCGACAAAGAGGUAGGGAAGCUGUUACAAGUACAAAAUGGGACACCUCCAAGUACCAACUACAACGGAGUAGAUGCUGUUCAUGCCUGUAACAUCCUUCAGCAGCUCAAAGCCUUGUAUGACGAAGCGCAGCUCACAGACAUCGUUGUAGAAGUGGACCAUGGCAAGACUUUCUCAUGUCACCGAAAUGUGCUUGCAGCAAUCAGCCCAUAUUUUAGGUCCAUGUUCACCAGCGGCCUUACAGAGAGCAGCCAGCGUGAGGUCAGAAUUGUUGGGGUGGAAUCGGAAUCCAUGCACCUCGUCCUAGACUAUGCCUACACAUCCAGGGUCACUCUCUCUGAGUCUAAUGUCCAAGCCCUGUUCACUGCAGCCAGCAUUUUCCAGAUUCCUGCUUUGCAGGACCAGUGUGCCCAGUUCAUGAUCAGUAGACUUGACCCCCAGAACUGUAUUGGGGUCUACAUGUUUGCCGAUGCCUAUGGACACCAGGAGCUGAGGGAACGCUCACAGGACUACAUCCGCAAGAAGUUCUUGUGCGUGUCAUGGGAGCAAGAGUUUCUCCAGAUGACCAAGGAGCAGCUUGUCAGCAUUUUGAACAAUGAUGACCUUAACGUGGAGAAAGAAGAGCAUGUCUAUGAGAGCAUUGUCCGCUGGCUGGAACAUGAUCUACCUGGCCGUGAGGCCCACCUAGCUGAGGUUUUUUCCCAAUGCAUCCGUCUGCCCUUGCUGGAUGAGGCCUUCCUCAGUCGGAUACCUGCCCCUUUCGCUUGUGCCCUGUCCCUAUCUAAGGACCCUGCUGAGGUGAAAGCCCGCCUCACUGGCACCAAUGGUUGCCCGCAGCGCCUGGGUAUGACUGCUUCUGAGAUGGUCAUCUGCUUUGAUGCCGCUCACAAACACUCAGGGAAGAAGCAGACGGUGCCUUGCCUGGACACAGCCACAGGAAGAGUAUUCAAGCUUUGCAAACCACCCAAUGAUCUCCGGGAGGUCGGUAUCUUGGUGUCCUCAGAGAAUGACAUCUACAUUGCUGGAGGUUACAGACCGAGCAACAGUGAGGUGUCCAUAGACCAUCGGGCAGAGAGCGACUUCUGGCAGUAUGAACAUGCUGGCAACCGAUGGCUUGCACGUGCACCUCUGCUGAGAGCCAGGAUAGGCUGCAGACUUGUGCACUGUUGUGGGAAGCUUUAUGCACUGGGAGGCCGAGUAUAUGAAGGUGAUGGGCGAAACGCAUUAAAAUCAGUAGAGUGCUAUGAUGCCAGGGACAACUGUUGGACAGCAGUCAGUCCUAUGCCAGUGGCCAUGGAGUUUCACAGUGCUGUGGAGUACAGGGACCGCAUAUAUGUCCUCCAAGGUGAAUAUUUCAUCUGCUAUGAUCCCCGUAAGGACUAUUGGAGUCAUCUUGCCCCGAUGAGUGUCCCCCGAAGUCAGGGUCUGGCUGCCUUGUAUAAGAACUGUAUCUACUACAUUGCCGGCAUCUGCAGGAACCACCAGCGCACAUUCACCGUGGAGGUCUACGACAUUGAGAAGAACACAUGGAGCCGAAAGAGAGACCUGCCCUUUGACCAAGCCACAAGCCCAUAUAUAAAGGCCAUGCUGCUACAAGGCAAGCUACACCUGUUUGUACGGGCCACACAGGUCAUGGUGGAGGAGCAUGUGUUUCGCACCAGCCGCAAGAACUCCCUUUACCAGUAUGACGAUGAGGCAGAUGUAUGGACCAAAGUCUACGAGACACCUGAUCGCCUCUGGGAUUUGGGUCGCCAUUUUGAAUGUGUGGUGGCCAAACUUUACCCACAGUGUCUACAGAAAGUGCUUUGAGGUAGCCAGUUUCGUGAACCCAGUUCUAUGAGGCAGAAGGGUUAGUGUGGUCCUGUCUGCCUGGUGCCUGGUGUUACUUUGGGUUUGCGUCACAAGGACCAUUUUUGGUUAAGUCUUAAGUCGUUCAAACUUUGGUUUAACAUGAUCAAAACGGGGGUGCUUUUAAAGAUUUGCAGUAUUUUUUUUUCCUCACGGCACCAGCUACCCACACUGAUGCUUGUUUUAACAAAACCGUUCAAUGAAUCGUAAGUGCAAUUAUCCUUUUUUCCCCCCCUUUGCUUGUUGUUGAGCCAUGUUGUGCUAUUUCUGUUUUAGGUAAGUUUUUUUUUUUUUUCUUUGCAAAUGAUAAGCAUGCGAACGAGGGUAUUGGCAAGGAAGUUGCCCUCUGCAGAUAUGGAUGCUAUAAGUCAGCAUAAAGUGAAAAUCUAUACAUAUAUAUAUACAUAUAUAUAUAAAAAUAACUAUAUAAACUAUAUACUCAUACGGGUAAAAUGAGUACCAUAGCUCAUUAGUAGGUUGUUGGCUCUGAGGUUGUUUUUUUUUUUUUUUUUUUUUGGUAUUCUGUGCUCUAGCCUCUCCAGUUUAUUUUAUAGACCAGUUUUAAUUUGCAGUGUGCUUGUGAUUUACAUUACCUUAGUGUUUUUGAAGCUUGAAGCUUUUUUUUUUUUUUUUAUGGCCCUCUCUUCCUUCACAUGCGUCGGUGUGUCAAACAAUACGCUAUGUGUGGCUUCUGAGCUAUCUUUAAGUUUUGUUUGAGAUUCCAGUUUCAUGGGGGCACGUGCCUCCUCCUCUUUCAGCUGGCAACCAUUUUGUGUUAUGUGCGAAGACAACUUCAGCGAAAUGUUAGAGUACUCACUCUCCACAUUGGAGAACUAAGGACAGAGUCAAAUUUGUGGCAACACUAAGUGGAAAGUUCAGACCAACUAACAAGCUUACCUCAGAAACUUCAGAUAUAUAUUUGAUUUGGAGAAAAGGGACAUUUCAGGCCAUUGUGGAAAGCAGCUAUGUGAAAAGCUCGGUUCAGCAUUGAGCUCUGUGGAGGUUGUUUUUUGACGUUGGAUUAUAAUUAUUUGAAAAAGAUUUAAAUAGCCUUCCUCUUAAAUGCCAAACAAAAGCAUUUGAGGUUCUUCUUGUAGUUGAUCUGGACAUGGAAAAUAAUUUUGUGGUAGCAAUAAGUCAUGGAACUGUGAUUAGGCUAUAUUACAUUACCUUAGUAAAAGUGCAUUAAGUGUUUUGUAUGCUUGUCUCUGCUAGUGAAAAUCACAGUAGCUCCAAUAAUGAUUGUGUGGCUGUUGCAUGGGUGCAGGCUUGAAGUGAUGCGUAAUUUAGUGCAGAUCAUUUGGGAUGCCAAUGUGCCUGUGGCUUGCAGAGGGGCAUCGAAAACUGUUCCUCCUGAUGAAGAAUAUCUGAAAAGUCUUACUCAGCAUUGCACUGAAUCACUCUCCACUUCAGCAGUCCUGAGCGGCAAACUUUUACGAAGCACCUCCACCACCUCCUGAACAAGCAGACUGUAUAAACGAGUAAGGGUGGCCUGGGCUGUGUGCUGAUUUAUCAACAGCCAUGUAUCCAUCUUUACACACCAUCACACAGAGGACACAAAUUGUUGGUGCUGCCUUUUUUUUUUUGACAAUCUUGUAUAGAAGAAUUAAUAGCCACCACGAGUGGCGUUCCCUGUUAAAGUGUGACGUUUUCAGUGCCGUCAGUGUCCUCAUGCAGGUUCCUGUGUCAUCUUUGCACUACACAUUUUCUUGGUAUUAUAUCUUAAGGAAGAGUGCCCCCACGUUAGGAUAAAGGUUUUAGUGACCACAGCAAUCAUCGAAGAGAUUUAGAUGGGGAAAAUAAAUACCACAAGAGUCACGUUCAGUAAGGACUUGAGGAUAUAACUUCUCCAAGAGAAGAUCCACUGUUGACUUUUGAGCUGAUUUUUAAUUGCCCCAGCUUGAUCGAUGCCCUCAAAACAGCCCUCAGCAAGUGUGAAAGAAGGUUUGAGCUUCAUCCACGUGUCUACAGACAGCCAUUUGAGAAGCAGGAAUGGAGAACUCUCAGGAUUUCUACUGAUACACAGUACUGUAUUUAAAUGUUUUUGUUAUGUGUAAUAUACUGUACUAUAGGUUUGCUGUACUUGCACAGUUUUUUAAACUUCUCUUCAGUUUCUUUUAUAACUUGAAAAAAAAAUAGAUGUGAUUUUUCUUUUUGUUGUCUAAAGUGGCUGUUUUUGUUUUCUUUAUGUAAUUAUCUAUUUAGUUAUGGUAGAGUAAUCCAGCUCUGUUGAGAGAAAAAAAAUGACUACCCGGCACGAGUGAGACAUUUUGAUUCUGCCCUCCCUUUUGUUGUACAGUAGUUUUUCCUUUGUAACAUCUGACCAAAACUAAGCAUUACAGAUCAAGUACCUACAUUAUUAUGUCACGUUUCAAACACCAGUCACAUAAAGCACCAAGCUAAAAAAAACAAACAUAAAACAACAACAACAAAAAAAGAAACCUGCUUUCUAUGUUUAAGAGUUAGUGGCCCUGUGGCUGCUCACACAGCUCAUCCUGGUCGUCUACAUGCAUCGCUCAUGGGUGCUAUUCCAUUGUGUUCUUCAUGUAUUUUCCUCCUUUUUACUUUUGCUGGUUUGUCUGUUUUUGGGUUAUAGUGGUGGUUGAGCUCAACUGUGAAAUACACAUUGCACAUAAUUUGAAAAAUAAAACUAUUAAAGUUGAAA